UUUAGUGGGAGGACGUUCUUUUCUGUGCCAGACGAUUGCAGAAAAUUAGGUUUUUUAAUCAUCUGCGAACUGCCAGUGAUUGAUCUCAUAAAGAACCAGUUCCAGAACGUAUUAAUUAUCAAGAAUGGUUCGCAAAAAAUCGUAACUCUUGUGGACUCCUGCAAAAUUCGGACGAGUCACGUACAUCAAAUUGUUUAUGUUCCUCUGGUGUUUCUCAUCAAUUCCAAUCAAUCAGACUCACUCACUAGCAGUAUGUUUGUUCUCAAGUUUUAACUUUCGAAAGCGGAAAAUAUGGCUUCAACACCAACGUGAACAGGUACUAUUAUAAUUGGUGGUCGAUUGUUUAGUCGUUGUAGAAGGGUAAAAUAAAGUGAAACUGGCUGGUGGCUAAACAAGGUCAAGACAGAAUCUGGCACGGGAAAGGCAAAUUCCUGUGAGUUGCGAUUAGAAGGGAGUUGAGUAACUUGUUAAGAAUGUCUGGAGUGUUUAGCUACAAUCGGGAAGCUGUGCGGGUGAAAGUAAAGAAAUGUGAGAAAAAUGUGCCACCCGAGACACGGAAGUUCAGUGUCGAUCCACAGAUUACCAGCCUCGAAGUGCUGUGUUCAAUUUUGGCGAAAGCGUUUGAUCUGCGGACAGACUUCGGCAUUAGCUACAAAGCAUUGGAUGCCACUGGACAUGAAAGCUACUUGGUGGUGCUUUCGGAUUGGGAUUUGGAAGCAGCCUUCCUGAGAGCUCAUAACCAAUCGAUAGCAUCAAAAAGCGAACCAUGUCUGUACUUGCGAGUAGACAUAAAGCCAUUCUCAGAGACUUCGGAAUGGGACGGAUCGGGAAAUUCUGGAGGAAUUACACGGGAACUGGUUUCGUUGCAGCAAUCGAUCGGAGCUGGUCAGAAGUAUGUGCAAACCAAGCUACCAGGGCUGAUAAUGAACCAUAUGGAGAAAACGCUUUCGCUGGUUCAGAGGGCCCUGAAUCUAGCAGAAGAUCCUUUGAUGACACAAGCCAUCAGACCUCCGUUGGCAGAUGCCGAGUUUAGGACGUUUUGCGACUCAGUAGGUCAGAUUAUAGAACCGGGACAACUGAGAAAGGUUAUCUAUCUGGGAGGAAUCGAUCCCAGUCUGAGAAGGGUCAUUUGGAAGCACAUACUCAAUGUGUACCCGGAAGGAAUGACCGGUAGGGAAAGGAUGGAUUACAUGAAGAAAAAAUCUGGUGAAUACUAUAAACUUCGAGACGUGUGGCGAACAGCGGUCCAGCAAGGAAACAUUGUCGGCGAAUUGGCAUAUGUCACUAGUAUGGUUCGGAAGGAUGUUCUACGAACCGAUCGGUUGCAUCCAUUCUACGCUGGCAGCGACGAUAAUCAAAACAUCGCUUCACUAUUCAACGUACUAACAACCUAUGCUCUGAAUCAUCCGGCCGUAAGCUAUUGCCAGGGAAUGUCCGACAUUGCUUCGCCACUACUCGUCACUAUGGCUGACGAAGCUCAAGCGUACAUUUGUUUCUGUGCAGUUAUGACCAGACUGAGUUGCAAUUUUAUGCUAGACGGGAUUGCGAUGACUUUGAAGUUUAACCACUUAUCGGAGGCACUGCAAUACUAUGAUCCGGAUUUUUUCGCCUACCUUAAAAUGCAUCAGGCGGAUGAUCUACUCUUCUGCUACCGAUGGUUACUGUUGGAGAUGAAACGAGAAUUUGCCUUUGAAGAUUCGCUGCGAAUGUUAGAAGUAUUAUGGAGUUCCCUGCCUCCUAUGGCUCCGAACAGUGAACUAGCUUUGUUUGAAAAAGAAUACGAACCUCCUCCGAUGGACGUUCCACAGCCGAAGAGUCCUACGCAGGUCGUGAUGAGAACUCCACGAGAAAAUCCAUACACCAAAGUAUGCGCCCUCAGGCGGCAGAGCUCAGCGCUUUCACUAAGUUCCUCAUGCACCAACCCGGUUAACAUCCUCAUUGGACCGGGCAAACUGGACGCCACGAAAAGACUAAAUCUCAGCCUGGACGAAAAUAUUACACGCGAGACGUUAUACAACAGCAAGAAUAUAAACAAGAUUCACCAGAGCUUGGACGAAGCGAAAACCGCAUUGGUCAAACAAAGGAAAAUAGUCCGCAGCGUUGGAGAUGACGACAUUCUGGAAUGCAACAUUCCGACUCAAGACGGAACCGAACAAGACCCCGAUGAUGAAGACGAUAAUGUAUUUCUACAAUCGCCGGUGCAGGCACCAGAAGCACUCACGACAGUUGGCACUAAUCCUUUCCUAGAUAGCCCACCAGAUUCGGUGACCCCUGGCGAACCGCUAGAUCUGAAGGUGGUGACUCAAGAGUUCAAGAAUGAAGAACAACCUCAACUGCAGCAACUAAGAAAGGAACUGCCACCAACGGAUAAUCAGCCACAGCUGCAACCACAAUCGCAGCCGGCUAGUGGGGAAAAUAGCUCCCGAAAUUCCCCGAUCACCAGAAGCAAAAGCUUAUUUUCGGCUGGCACCGGAAACCUGAUUGCACGGCAGCUGAGUACUCAGCGGAAGAAUUUCAGCACCACCAGCGGCGGUCAUUUUAGAGAUUUGAAGGAGAAGCUAGCUGCCAGCAAGAAAGGCAUUUUCGCAUCGCUGGACAAAUCGGAUUCCGAAGCCCCAGCAGCUGGCCCCGGAGGCCAAGGAGGUGACGAUCGGAAGCCCAAGCUGGUGAAAAACUUUAACGAAUUCCUUAGCUUCGCUGCUAUGAACCGGAGCCGCAUUAGUGAUCGGUUGAAUAAUAAACGGAUUGCCUCAUCGCUGGAUUCCACUGGUAGCACUGUCACUAUAACGACCGGAUCGUCUUUUACCAUGGAUGAUGACUCGACCGAGACCAUCGAGUACGAUGAACUGAAACCGAAACCGCUCAUCAAGCUGACCAAGUCCUCGUUCGAUGAUUCCGAUUCGUCCAGCAUUGGGGUUGUCGAUUCGUUUACGGCCAUAUCACGAUCCAGUGAUAAUAGUAGCUUUAUAGUGGACGAUAGUUCCGUUUCGGUAUCACCGGUUCAUCAACCACUCCAGGAGGAGGUCGAUGGUGAAAAAGAAGACGACGAAGAAAAUGGUAAUAAUCAAUUCCAACUGCAAAUUCAGGAUGGAAGUAGUCCGGAUGACUCGCAGGAAUACUUCCCAAUGACGACUUCGAUGACACGAGAGCUGAGACUGGAGCUGGAGAAUCUUGAUCGUCAUGUGUUCGGUACUGACUUUCACAAUCAGCAGAGAUUUUACACACUGGGCGGAUGUAUUGAACUUGAUACUCCACCGGAGAGUGUAGAUUCGAUUAAAACGUUCGGACAAGUACACCCAAUUAGCUAUCGCAAACUGAACCAAAAUGGCUCGGGUGAUGCGUUAGAAAUGCAAUCAGUAGACGAGAUCUGUGCUCUGAAGGAAGUCCCAAGCACAGAUGUUGUUCGGUAUCGGGAGAAAAAGAGACCCAAAAGUGAUAUAGAUAUCGACAGCAAGCGUGUCAGUACCUCCAGUGCCAAUGCGGACGUUUUCGUGUGGGAGAAUCCGCUCCAUCAGGUCGAAAGCUCACUCUCCACCGGCGGAGGUGAAUUGUCGCAGGCUCGGCCACUAACAACCAUGAUCGAGCGAACGGCUACCACUCCCGAUGAAUACCCCGAGCUCGAAUACGAUGGAGAAAUAAUCGUAGAAACAGGAACGGGCAAAAAAUCAGUCACUCCGAUACGCCUGGUUCGUCGAACGGGUGACCAAUCCAACUGCAAUUCUAACCGUAAUUCAAUGAUCCUGCCGGAAUCCGACUCGGACGAUUCCCCAGAUAGAUCCCCCACAGUCAAUUUUAGAUUCCAUCCCAAUAAUCCAUUCUACGAAGCAAAUAGCAUCGAACCGAUGCGAAUCCUAACAACCUCUUCACCACCCGAAGCCACGCUGAACACCCCGCAGCCAGCAAAUAUGGCUGGUUCAAGCAAUUCCUUCGAGGAAGCAUCUGAAGCGUCCAAAAUUGACCUAGCCAUCCAGCAGCCAUCGGUGAACGUCCCAACCAAUGCAACCGGGCUGGACGGUACCGAAUCGAUCAAGGUUGCCGGAGUCCUACCUGCUCCGCAUGAAUUCGGUGGCGGAAAUCCAUUCCUAAUGUUUCUUUGCUUGACCAUUCUGCUGCAACAUCGGGACUACAUAAUCAAAACUGGAAUGGACUACAACGAGAUGGCAAUGCACUUUGACAAAAUGGUUCGAAAGCACAAUGUGGUACGGGUACUGAAUCAAGCCCGACAAAUGUAUGCCGAAUAUCGGAAGCUCUAUCUCCAGGAACAGCAACAACACCAGCAGCUGCAACAGCAAAGAGCUAAUGCUGGAAGUGCGAGUAUGAGUAGUAGCAUGUACGGGAAUCUGGGUGGUGGUGGUUUAGGAGGGCUAAAUUCUAUCGCGACUAUGAGUGGGACUGCACCUCCCAGGAGGAAUACUACAAGCGGGUUGACCUUCACGACGUAGAAGGCUAUUGAUACAGGUAGACCACGUUAUCUGCUCCUGACAUGUAGCAUUAAAAGCAAAGCUAGGAUACAACUGUGAUGUACUGGGAAAGGAGCAAACGCUAACAAUGAUGACAAAAAUCCUACCACCGGUGAUUGCACGGACGCCGAAUUCUACUAUACUCUGGAUUCAUUCUAAGUCACCUAGUUUAUUUACUCCUAAUUUUACUAAACUUAAUAUUUCGCCGUAAAUUUUCCAAAGAUUUUUCAAGCUAUACCUCAUUUGUUUGUGAUACCGUUAUGGACUGAUUUGAAGCUAAUAUUUUAAACGGACGGCAUUUCACCGGAUGUACUCGUGUGCUUUUACCUUUCAUAUUUAGUUUACUUCGAUUUUUUGUUUCGCACUCGGCUUGACAGAAUGCACAUCAAAUAGUGAAGUAAGAUCGCAUUUUACCGUUGGAUUAUAAAAUCACAUACAUUUUCAAAUUAAAAAGCGAUAAACUGUAAUACCAAGCUGCAAAGUCAAUAAAUAUUUUUCAAUACAAACAUAAUAAUAAUAUU